AAGAAAAACUUUUUAGUUUUUGCUUUAUAUAACCUCUCCCCAUGCCACCCUCCAUUUGUUAAUAUUCUACUAAAUAAAUCAACAAACCCCCCCUUUUUCUUGUUUUCUUAUUCUUUUGUUUCAUUUGGUCAUUAUGCUCUCAACUAGUCCUCUCUUCUUCAACUUCUAUCCUCACCAUUUUGUUCAUAACCAAGGCAACCACAUUGAGGAUAUUUCCUCUUAUUUUCUCUUCGAGGCCACUGGGGACUCCGAGGCUGACUCCUCGGUCGACCUUGAGAGCUCGUCCUCCGCCUCCACGACGGAGUUCAACGACGCGGAAUCAUGCACCGAUGACACUCCUACUAUGUUAUGUAAUAAUGAAAAUGAAGAUGAUGAUGAUGAUGGAGAUGGAGAAGAGAUGGUUGAGAAUGAUGAUGAUGAUCAUGACAAUGAAGAAGAAGAAGAAGUAGUUGAAAGCAAGGCGAUUGGAUUUUCAAUAAAGUCAAAUGCUUCUAUUGAUUCAACUAAGGAUGAUUUCAAAAUGUUGAAUGAAGUUGAUAAAAACAGGUUGUUUUGGGAGACUUGUUUGGCUUCAUAGGGUUUUCUUUUAUUUCUUUUUUUCAUUUUUCCAAUAUCAUUUCUGAAAAAUUGGGAGGUUUGUGGUUUCUUUCUUUUAAUUUUUUUUUUUUUUUUUUUUUUAAAAAAAACACUUUUGUUGGUGGUGUUGUUUGAUGAUGCUUAAAAUGUACAUGAAAGCAAGAAAUGGAUUUUAAUGAUCCAUUCAAGACACUGUUUUUCUUUUCUUUU